CCAGCCCGGGGGCCCAGGGUGGCCGGGGUGCCCUCGGAGUCGACCCCCUGCCAUGUUUCCCAGCCCCUCCGGGACCCCCACGCCCUUCUCCGUCAAGGACAUCCUCCAACUAGAGCAGCAGGCCUUGCCCUGGGGCCUGGCCGGCCUGGAGCCCGCCUCCUGCAUGCUGGCCUCCUUCAAGCCCGCCCCGGGCCUCGCCCUCGCCCCGCCGGGCCCCUCGCCCGCCUGCCCGGACUCCUGCUGUGCCAAGGGCCACCCCGGCAUGGACCCGGUGGCCCAGGGACCGCGGGGGGCCCCCACGGGCCGGGAGACGGAGGUGGAGACGUCGGGGCGGCCCGGAGACCCCGGGCGUCGUCGUCGUCGGAAGCCCCGGGUGCUGUUCUCGCAGGCGCAGGUCUUCGAGCUGGAGCGGCGCUUCAAGCAGCAGCGGUACCUGUCGGCCCCCGAGCGGGACCAGCUGGCCUCGGCCCUGCGGCUGACCCCCACGCAGGUGAAGAUCUGGUUCCAGAACCGCCGCUACAAAUGCAAGAGGCAGCGGCAGGACCAGAGCCUGGAGCUGGUGGGCAUCCCUCCUCCGCCGCGGAGGAUCACGGUACCGGUCUUGGUCAGAGAUGGGAAGCCCUGCCUGGCCGAGCCCGGCCCGGCCUACACCGCGCCCUACGGCCUAGGCCUAGGCCCCUACGCCUAUAACGCCUAUCAGGCCUGCGCGGCCUACGGAGCCCAGGCCUGCGGCGGCUACGGCUGCCCCUCCGGACCGGGCCCGGGCCCCGGCCCCGGACAGGCCGGACAGUCCUCCGCGGGGACCGCCGCCUUCGGGAACUUGGGCGUCGGGGACUUGAACCCGGGCCCCGCGGCGCUGCCGCAGAGCAACGCCGCCGUGUCCGCCCUGCCCGGGAUCCGGGCCUGGUAG